AUGCUUGUCGACAGUUUUGGCGAUUUAGAAGAAGCGUACCGGGAGCUCAGAUUUCGAUUGACUAGGGCGCCGAUGGAAAUGGGGCGCGAACGAGAAUGGGAGACAUGCGCAGCUCACUCGGCCCCAGCCUCGUUCUCAGUUCUGUCCUCAUCGCCAGGAUGUCGUCGGGCGGCUAGUUUCCCGUUCUUCGGUGACACCUCCAUACAGGCAUCCAGUUUGAAGGUCCGCUCGCAGAGCGAGUCCGAGGGACUUAACAAGAUGCGGCUGACACAAAUCAACUUGGAUACAGUUCGCAAACGUCUCUCCGAAACGACGAUCAAAGAAAAAGAUGAAGGAAGCGACUACCAAUCGCACAGCUCAUCUAGCAGUGAGUGCGGUAACGAUGACUUGGACCUUUUCUGUGCCGGCCCACUCGAGCUUCAAGAAGAGGAAAAAAUCCGUAAAUCUGUGCGUUUCGCAGACGAUUGUGGACAAGACCUGACCAUGAUCCGUGUGGCUACUGAGCCCAGCGACUGUCCUCCAAAAUUGAGCCCAUCGGUGCUCCGUCGCUACCGUGGUGACUCGUUCGAAGAGGAGGAAGCUGUGGUUCGUGAGCCAGCGCCAGUCUGGAACUUGACGUUCAAGCAGCCAGCUGCUGAUUAUGUUCGCUUCAGAGAAAACCUGGAAGGCAAUAAAGUUUCUUUGGAGAAUGUGAUUCUCAACAAUGAAGCUUACAAAGUGUUCGGUACCGUCAAAGUGGGAAACAUUGCAUUUGAGAAGAGCGUGUUUGUGAGAUACACUAUGAACGGGUGGAUUUCGUAUAUGGAUAAAGCGGCCAUCUAUCAGCCGUCUACAAGCAAAGUCUACGAUUGCUUCAAAUUUGAUAUUGACCUUCCUUCUUCGGUGGAGAAGAUCCACCAAAUCGAAUUCUGCAUCUGCUUCAAAGCGAACGGCACCGAAUACUGGGACUCCAAUUCGGGUACCAAUUACGUGCUCCAUUGCGAGCAAAACCAUCCAGUUCUUCCGCCACCACAGCAACGUCGUGCUUCCUUGUUCGGCGGACACAAAUACCUCGACAGAGACGAUGCCUACAAACUCGACUAUAACGAUUGGGGGAAAUUUGCGUCGUGGAAGGCGCUUAGUACCGAUGGUCCGUACUGGUAG